AGUAAAAUCCGAUAUUGAACAUAUGAUAUACACUCCAUCAUUAGUUUAAUCCAAUGAAGAUCAAAACCCAUCUUCUAUAGUAAAGCCUUGAUAAAAUCCCAUUCCACCCUAUCAUACGCUUUAUUCAUGUCUGUUUUAAUUGCCAUAUACUUUCCUUGACAUGCUUUAUUGGUUUGCAAUCCAUGGAAUAUUUCCUGAGCUAUAAGAAUAUUAUCAAAAAUCAACCUUCCUGCCACAAAUGCUGGUUGAGUUUCCGAUAUGAGGGAGGGGAGGCAUGUUUUCAAUCGCUGACACAAAACCUUCGAAAUAAUUUUAUACCCCCACAUUACAUAGACUAAUUGGACUCAGUUUUAUCAUCCUUGUAGACCUCUCCGUCUUUGGAAUCAUACACAUGUUAGUAAUAUUUAACCUUGAAUCCGUUUCUUCUGAAACCAAAAAGUUAUUCACCAUUUCAACCUCCGCAUCUACCCCAAGUUUAGACUUGAAAUGAUGGCUAGUCGGCAGUUCUUUUUUCAUAUUAGCUUCGACAAAAACUUUCGCUUCCUCAAAGCUAUUACAUUGGAGCAUAUUUGGGUAUAAGCGUUUUGGUUUUCCUACAGCACUAGCUAUGAAACCAAGGCCUUUCCAAGAGAAUAUCCUGUGGGGGACAUUCUUCAUGAUGAUCCACAUUGAAAUUGUUUUUAUAUCUUCGACCUCUUCUUCCUCCUCCUCAGGGGACCACUUUGAAAGAAUUAAUGGGAUGUUUGCAAUGUUCCACAUGCCCCUUUUCAAAACCCUUUUCCUUGUACCCUCGUCUUUGAUUCUGAAUUUCACAGUGUGAUCAUUGACGACGUAGACAUCAAUUUUGAUAGAUUUAUCUCCCAAAGGCAAGAUCUUAUUGACUAUGAAGUGGAUUCUUGCUACAUGUGGUGCCUUGUCCAGAAAUCGAUCUUCAAGAAGGUCAUCCCAAAGAGGUACAGAUUCUGAUAUCACAUCAUCCGGAACUUCAACAACUUUUUGUCCUUCACUUACUCAUGUUGCUAGAACAAGAGCGAUGGUCCAUUCUCCACGACUUUAACCCAUGACGUGUUCAACUGCUUCACAGUUUUACCUUGCUCGUUUCCGAGCCCGACUCCACGGCGACUUGAGUCUCUGGCGCCUACAUCGGCGUGGGGCCUGAUUGCUUGCGGUGAACUCUUCAAAACCCUAAUCUUCUCACAAAUCACCCUAUGCUGACGUGUCCGCUUAUUUUUAUAAAAACAGAAACCUAUUUUUCUGAUCUGUUUGUAUUAUUUUAAAAGUUUUCUGGAAAAAAGAAAGAGAGAACACAAACAAUGAAUAAAAUGCAAGGCGCAACUUCGCGAGGCCGAUAUGAUAAGCCUAACCAGGUGUCAUUAUUUCCUUGGUCAUCUUGUGGCCAUUAAUAUCCCAUCUCCCAAACUAACACUGUUCUUUAACGCACAUACACCCACACAAAAUGGCAGGCUUUAAUGUUUAGUCUCUAGUUCACGUGAAAAACAGGUUGCAUUUGGAUACACACGGCAGAUUCAAUUUUGGUAUCAUCAUGUCACAUCUAUAAGUAUAUACGACGCAUAUGUCUAUACCUCCCAAACCAAACAGAGAUGAGUUUUGGAGUUCGUCUUCUUUUGUUUCUCAUACUAACCCUUCCACUUGUUACAUCCUCUGGCCGCAACACUCCUGUUUCAGGAAUUGGGAAGACAGGGGUAGCAAAAAGAUUAUUGAUGGUGAGCAUCGAGGAUUAUGGUGAUCCAUCUGCAAACACCAGACACGAUCCCAGCGUUCCAACCAAUGCAAAGGCUGACACAACACCUUAAAAAAGUCGUUUUUACUUGUGUACUCUAUGUUUUUUUUGGGGGGUAAAAUUGUGUACUCUAUGUUGAAUAUAUAUGUAAUAAUAUCUGCUUUGAGCGAGUUGAAUUACUGUCA